AUGCCAAACUUUAAGAUAAAGGCCUGCCGUUCUCUUUUGGCAAAUUCAUUUGCCCGUCUUGAAGGGAGAAGGUACGCUUGUUUUUCUUCGGAUACUACAGUGAAUGAAAGUCUAAGUAUUUUAUCUGAAGUUAAGAAGGCACAGUCAUAUAAUGAAAUUAUUAAUCAUCACUAUUAUCGAAUUUUAAAUCUUUCGAAGAAUGGAAAGAAGGACGAGGAAGCGGAUAAAUUAUAUGAUUUCUCUAAAGCGGUGAUAGAUUCUAUGAAAAAGAAUGAAAGCUUGAAGAUUGAAGAUCAAAAUGAUGUGCUUAACAACAUAAUAACGAAGUUUGCUUCGUUGAAUUUUGCUUCUGCAUCUUUGGCAUUUAAGCAACUUAAUGAAAGUGUAACCAAAAAAACAUAUUUGAAACCUGAAUCAUUGGUGGCGUUCAUAACGUACAAUCCUGGAAGAGUCAAGAGCAGUUGGGAAAUUUUUAAGGAAACAUGCGAGAAGGAUUUUAGUGAUAGCAGAGUGGUGGCCACGGUCUUGAAAAAGCUAAUACAAGGCGAUGCCAUUGAUAAGCGUGAAGGGGCUGCACAUGUAGAUAUUUCUCGAGCAUCCAAGAUAUUCAAACUACUAAUGGAAAAAAACGGCCUUAAUUUAAUCGAAGAAAGCGACCUUGCAAAAUUGGCGUGCGAUCUUAUAGACAUAAAGCUUUCGAAAGCUUUGGUUCUACUUAAGCUACCAGUAACAAUGGUGAAAACAAUUAUUGGUACAAAGGGCGAACAUCUCAGUAACAUUGAUUAUUAUUACUUAUAUCUAUCUGCAAAGGAAUCCGGAGAGUCUAUUCCGCCAGACUUACUUCUGGAUAUUAUGCUACCAAUUUCAAGGCUACAGACUACUGAAGGAAUAGAAAAUAACACAGAAAGUUUUAAAAACUUACAGUCACUAUACCCCUUUGAAAUUAAGUUAAAUGCAUCUCCUUCCGAACUGGUGAAGGAUAUUAGAAGCGAGGUUUAUGCCGCAGGUUUGGCCAACACCAUUAGGGUCCGAUUAGAUCUUAUUAGAUCAUCUGGUAUGCAUUCCCAUGAUGUGGAAAAAGCGCUUGAGUAUAUAUCAGAUAAGCCUCAGACUUUAUUGUCUAAACAGGAUGAGGCUGUUCUUAAAAAUGCGAAAUCCAUGAUUAAAAUUUACAAUGCAAUCGACACAGGCAAGUCUCUCGCCGAUUCUUCUGAAAAACUGCCAGACAUAGGGCAAGAAGUGAAUAUCAUUGCAUCCAAGAUUUUACUUUAUUCUUGGUUUGGCGACUCUGAUCGGGCUCUAGAUCUGUACAAUAAAUCUUUGAAUUUAUAUUUGAAGCCUAAGAAAGAUGUAAAGAAUGCAAAGGCUAGGGGAAAAUUACUACAAUCAUUGGUCUUGAGCUCACUCUUAGACAAUGAACUUCAAAUGGCUCGAUUGAUAAAGAUUCGGUGUACUGAAAAUAAACUUUUGGAUGACGAAUACGAUAUUAAGAUCAGUCAGAUUCUUAAAUCCUUUGGUUCUGUUAGUGAGGAAAGUAAAGGAGACAAAAAUGCUAUGAGAAAAGGAUUGAAAACCGUGAUAUUGGAUACCAUUGAAGAUAUGUAUCCAUAA